CGCGCCUGGUUUUAAUGGAUUCCCGGUUCCUCGCGUUUUUCGCGUUUCGUUUCGCGACAGGGCCGGAGUUUGCACCACGCCUACGGCGUUUUUCGUGCAUGGUCUUGUCCAAUUCAUGUUUUGAAGAUUACAAUUGCGCUCCCGCUACGCGUUCUUCAUCAUGCCUCCAAAAUCAGAGCCCGUCAUCAGCGCGUUCGAGCGCAAGCGACUCGAAAACAUCGCGAACAACGCGGCGAUCCUCAGCGGGAUCAGCGCCACCGCAGAGAAAAUCUUACCCAAGCCCGCUCCGCCGAAACCUAAGCGCUCAAGCACAGCACGCGUCAAGCGAGAAUCCGUCCAGCGCGAACCUCCCCGUCCGACGCGGCAAAGCAGCAGACUGGCAGGGCGCGGCGCCGAUGUGGAGAUCCUCAAGCGCAAGGCGGAGGUGGAGGCGGAGGCGGAGGCGGAAAAGGCUAAGGCCAAGAAGAUGCGUGUCAGCGGAGACCUGAACCUUGGAGAUAUCCAGGUUGAGGGUCGAAAAUGGGAGGGGGGCCUAGACGGGCUGGCGGGGCUGAAGGGGCUCUCUGUUAGGGGGGCACAGCCAGGCGUGAGGACGUUCACCGACCAAGAUGUGGCAGAAACAGCGGAUAAAGGGCUAAAGGACUUGAGGCUACGCAUGAGCGGACUGAAACUUUACGAAAAAUGGCCCGUCCAAGACAUAAAAAUCGUGCCACAACGGGUAUACUCGUUGGGUUUUCAUCCCACCGAGUCCAAGCCGAUCAUAUUUGCUGGUGACAAGGAGGGUGCAAUGGGUGUCUUUGACGCAUCACAAGAGCCAGUCAAGGCCGAGGAUGACGAGGACGAGGAUGCCGAGAUCUCCGACCCCGUAAUAUCCGCCUUCAAGACGCACUCGCGAACCAUUACCGCGUUUCACUUCUCUCCUGUCGACGCCAACGCCGUCUUCUCUUCCUCUUACGACUCAUCUAUCCGCAAACUGGACCUGGACAAGGGCGUCUCAACCCAAGUGUUUGCCCCAAGCGCUGCAGACGAGGACCUACCCAUCAGCGCAAUCGACAUGCCAACGAACGACCCUAACAUGAUCAUCUUCUCCACGCUACAAGGCUCCCUGGGGCGGCACGAUCUGCGCACCAAGCCAGGGACGGCCGAGAUCUGGGGCCUGACCGACCAGAAGAUUGGAGGCUUCUCGCUGCACCCCGAGCUACCACACCUCGUGGCCACGGCCUCGCUCGACCGCACGCUCAAGAUCUGGGACCUGCGGAAGAUCCACGGUAAAGGCCACGCGCGUGCGCCGGCGCUCCUCGGCAUGCACGAGUCGCGCCUGUCGGUUUCACACGCCAGCUGGAGCAGCGCGGGCCACGUGGCGACGUCGAGCUACGACGACCGCAUCAAAAUCUACUCGUUCCCCGACGCGAGCAAGUGGGCCGCCGGCACGGAACUGACCGAGGCGCAGAUGGAGCCGACGCGGCAGAUCCCGCACAACAACCAGACCGGGCGCUGGGUGACCAUCCUCAAACCGCAGUGGCAGAGGAGCCCGCGGGACGGGCUGCAGAAAUUUGUCAUUGGUAAUAUGAACCGGUUUGUGGACGUGUAUUCGGCAGAUGGCGAGCAGCUCGCCCAGCUGGAUGGCGAGGGCAUCACGGCGGUGCCGGCUGUGGCACACUUCCAUCCGACGAUGGAUUGGGUGGCAGGUGGGAACGCGAGCGGGAAGCUCUGCCUGUGGAUGUGACACCAACUUUGGGGAGCUGCCUGAGCUGGGUGUCAACGUUACUGAAGUGGCUGGUCCAAACUCGGAAUAGCCUCGCAGUUCCGAGGCGAGU